UCUCCUCCCCAGCUCGCAGAUUUCCGCCCACCUUCCGCCUCGUCUAGCCGCGCCGCAGCUAGCGGGGUGUUAUUCUUCCCCCCCUCUGGUAGGAGUCGGUGAAGGUGAGACUCAUGAGGGAAUACAAGGUAGUGGUGUUAGGGAGCGGAGGGGUUGGCAAAUCUGCCCUGACUGUGCAGUUUGUCACUGGGACUUUCAUUGAGAAAUAUGACCCCACCAUUGAAGAUUUUUACCGCAAAGAGAUCGAAGUGGACUCUUCCCCCUCCGUGCUGGAAAUUCUGGACACCGCAGGAACUGAGCAGUUUGCCUCCAUGAGAGAUCUCUACAUCAAAAACGGCCAAGGUUUCAUCCUGGUUUAUAGUCUGGUGAAUCAACAGUCUUUUCAGGAUAUCAAGCCAAUGAGAGAUCAGAUUGUCAGAGUGAAGAGAUAUGAAAAAGUCCCACUAAUCCUAGUAGGAAAUAAAGUGGAUCUGGAACCAGAAAGAGAGGUUAUGUCUUCAGAAGGUAGAGCUUUGGCUCAAGAAUGGGGCUGUCCUUUCAUGGAGACAUCGGCAAAAAGUAAAUCAAUGGUGGAUGAACUUUUUGCUGAGAUCGUCAGACAAAUGAACUAUUCAUCCCUGCCCGAGAAGCAAGAUCAGUGUUGUACAACUUGCGUUGUCCAGUAAAAAAGAUAACCUCAGUCAUGGCCAUACCGAGCAGAUAAAACUCAGAGGAAAUUUGCACAGAUGCUGCUUUGGAGAACUUUACAACCUGGGUUGCAGAACUGAGCCUUGGUAAACCUGUCUCUAUUACAGCAUGUUGCCAUACAUCUAAUUAAGUACAUAAGGUCUUUGGCCUUCAAGAUCCAUCGACCUUAAACAGGAAUGCUUAGCACGUUUACUAUAUGUUUAAAAUUUGUUCAUUAGCAAUCAGUCCUUUUAUAGCUUUCUAAGUUCUUACUGAUGGCUAAUAUGCAAGGGUUAAUUUUUAAUAUUUUAAUUGAUUUCUUUAAUCAGUUUCUCAACUUGUAUUUAUUAAAUACUCAAACUCAGUAUUACCUACUCAAUGCCUUUUAAAAGAAAGUUAUAAUGGAGAAAAAAAUUGAGCCUUAAACAAAUGGUUACUUCUGUAUAUUACCUCGUACCAGUGCUUCAUCCUAUUUGUAAAAUCUUUCUCCUUUAAAUGGUUGGUUAAUACUUUGAGACUUUGUUUACAUGUGGCAGUGUUGUAAAAAGAAACUAAAGAUCACCUUUUACCUGUAUGGAUGAAAUAUCCCUUUUCUUCAAGUGCAGUUUGUGAUGUGUUUUUGUAAUUAACAUAUUCUGAAAGUUACAAUUGAUAUUUGAAAUCAACUGUAGAGCAUUUAGUUAAAGAGUUAAGCAUUCAGUUGCAUUAGGUUUUCACAUGUGUUAAUCUCAUUUACAGCAUUGAAUUGCAGCAGUAACAUUUUCCUUUCUGUGAGGUUCUAAAUUUAGUUAUGACCUAUUUAGCAAUGCGUUUGAAAAGGGAUAUUGUAUCCAUGGUAAAUUAAUUGUAUACCUAAACAGUGAUAGCUCAGCUUUGCCUGUCAGGCUUGUAAUUGACAUCUAGUAGACUUCUGCACAUGUAAAAUUGAAUUCAAAUAAAAUCAUAUACAGUUUCUAGUUCUUAA